ACGUUGAGUUAAGGCGUGCGGGCUGCGCGCCCUGCGCCCCCAAGGGAAGCGUCAGCUCUCUUCAACCCCUUGCCCAGUGCGCAUACCGACAUGUUUCGUUUCUGCUGCCACUCGUCAACCUCGUCCGUCACCCCUCAGCGUGCUUCUUCUUCUCUUCUCACCUCCUCUUCCGUUCCGUUGCAACAAUCUCUGCUGUUGCUGCCAACGCUUUCUACGGUACACUUGACGCACACGUACAUACGGCAGCCCCUGGCGCCCGCUCCUGCAGAUCACUCGGCAGGGCGACCUUACCCUCACUUAGCCUUCAACGUCAGGCGGUCUAGGCCACGUAAAACAAUCCUCCGAAUUCGCCGCAUUCCUCUGUAAACGGCUCGCUUUCGACGCACUCGCUCCUAUUCUCCGAUUCCACCUCCCGUAAAACUCAAGUCGAAACCGAAAGAAAAGAAAACAAAAUCCACGCGCCGCUGGGCUACUUGCCUCGAAGAAAGUCGUCGCUGUUGUUUUGGUAGUUGGUCAGUUGGAGGCCCGGAAGAGAGGAGGAGCCAUGGCCCAGUAUUCAUAUACAAGCUUGAACAACAUGGCUAGCGGUGGGCGAGGACGUCGCAUAUUGCUUAUCUUGGUCGUGCCGGUAUUUAUCGUGGGCCUGUACUAUACGUAUCACCGCAACAUGUAUUCCAAGCCCGUCGGGGGAUCGCAGCUCACGUUCCACCACAACGUCAACAUCUCCAAGCACGAUGAAACCAUGAGCACCGUCAUCAAAGCCCUCUACGAACCUAUCCUACACCCCAUCACCCAACACAACUUCACAGACGAGGACGGCGACACCUACCAACUCACAAAAGCACCCCGGUUCCGCGAGAAGCUGGGGAAGAAGGUUUUGGUCCUGGACAUUGACAGCCGGCCUCUCACUGGUCCCGGGCAACUCAUGAACGAGCAGCUGGAAUGGAAGGGCAUGCGCCCAUUGGCUGCGGGCAUGCUUUCCCACUACAUGUACGCCCAAAUCCACGGGUACGAUUAUAAAUUCAUCCGUGCGCCGGAUUACGAGAGUCGCUGGGGAACUUGGGUCAAAGUCCCGCUCAUGAAGGAAGCGCUCAAAACGCACGACUACAUCGUGUUCAUGGACAGCGACGUUGUGUUCCACUAUCCGCAUCUACCGCUCGAAUGGCUCAUGAACUACUGGAACAUGACGGAGGAGACUCUAGUCAUGAUGUCAAUAGACCCAGACGAGCCGCAAAAUUACGACAGCAGAGGCAACCGCUAUCUCAACACGGGAUUCGUCAUUGCACAAAGCAGUAAACGCACACAAAACAUGUUCAGGGACUGGGCCAACUGUCCCAGCAAUACACGCUACAAGGACUGCUCGAGAUGGAAAUACGAAAUGUUCCACGAGCAAUCUGCGUUUGGGAACUACAUCCGCUACGACUACGACCGGCCCGAGGAUAUCCGUGUGCUGCCGUGCGUGGAGGCGAAUGGGUGUCCGCAGGCCGUUAAUAGAGGUGGAUGCAAGGGAACGUUUGUGCGCCACUACUGGAUCGAUAAGGGCGCUGUUACCAACGCGUUAGGUGAUCAGGUCAUGCAGUAUUUCCUCCCGCGGCUCCACCAAAUGUACCAAGAACCGGCGAGGGAGAACAUCGUGGAUGCCAAGGGCUUCCGGUUAGAUGGUGCAGAGUUGGUCGAAUUGACGCCCGAAGAGCAGGAAGCUCAUAAGAACGAGAACGUUAAAAAUCAGAAGGAUGAAGGGUGGUGA